CUGCAGGUCGUGACCUUGUUGAACGACCUCUACACCUGUUUCGACGCCAUUAUUGACAACUUUGAUGUUUACAAGGUGGAGACCAUUGGGGAUGCCUACAUGGUGGUGUCCGGACUGCCGGUGAGGAACGGGAAGCUACACGGGCGGGAGGUGGCCCGGAUGGCCCUCGCCCUGCUGGAUGCCGUCAAGAGCUUCAGGAUGCAACACCGAGCCAAUCAGCAGCUCCGGCUACGCAUUGGCAUCCACAGCGGUCCAGUGUGUGCAGGUGUAGUUGGGCUGAAGAUGCCCAGGUACUGUCUUUUCGGAGACACCGUCAACACAGCGUCACGCAUGGAGUCCAACGGAGAGGCUCUGAGGAUUCACGUGUCCGAGGCGACCCGCGAAGUUCUGCAGGAGUUCAACUGCUUUCAGCUGCAGCUCAGAGGAGAAAUCCAGAUGAAGGGGAAAGGAAGCAUGAGGACGUUCUGGCUCCUUGGAGAGGAAGGAGGAGAGGACACACAGGAAGGAGGAGAGGACACACAGGAAGGAGGAGAGGACACACAGGAAGGAGGAGAGGACACACAGGAAGGA